AUGGCUACAAGAAGAGCUGCGAAAGCUGCCAACCUCGGAGAUGCAGAGCAUCAGCGCGUGGCUUCAGCAGGCAAGUUCACACCUUGGGUGCUGCAGGCUCGUCUGCAGCUGGAGGAGAUUGAGAGGCAGCCGGCGAAAGCAGAGGCAUCCGCUACCCCAGCGAGGCCUAGUGCCGAGCCUCGCGAAAAGGAAGGUGCUGGAGUAGCGAUUGGCGCUCCAGUUGAAGGUGCCAAGCCAGAAGCUGCAGUCCAGAAGGACAAGCACCCAAACGAGCCAAGCAAAAGCAAGCCGGUUGAAGAGACCGCCAAGCAAGAGACGAAGGGAGAGGCGACGAAGCCGAUGGAGGUAGACCCAAGUGCCAGGGCGAAGGAGGGCAGCAUGAAACAAUCGGAGACCAGCUCGGUCAAGAAGGAUGAGCCGCCAGCCUCUGCUCCGGUACCAGUGGCCACGCCUGCAGCCAACGGCACCUC